AUGGAGACUUUCUCAGUUUGCCACAACCACCUCCUCCGGCUGAGGCUGGUGGAUUUUCCUGGGGCUAUCCUUUGCGAUGAGAAUGUCAGCUUACACCAGAACGAUGCCGCAAUCUUUGGUGGCGGAGACUGCGUUGUUGUGCUUGUCAUUGAUGCACAAGAAGAGUCUUACGCGACCAGCAUCUCCCGGGCCAAGAAGGUCAUAGAGUUUGCGUUGAAAAGAAAUUCAAAGCUGACCUUUGAUGUGCUCAUCCACAAGGUGGAUGGCGCCAAGUUCUACUCUGAAGACCGCAAAGUGGAAUGUCAAACCAUCAUCCACGACAAGCUCACUGAAGAACUUGCCGACAAGGUGCAGGAAUGCUCCAUCAACUUCCACUGCACCAGCAUCUACGAUCAUUCCAUCUUUGAGGCGUUUAGCAAGAUUGUUCAGAAGCUUAUUCCAGAAAAGGUACUUCUGGAGCAAUGCCUGCAGUCGCUCCUGGACAGUACCCGCAUGGAGAAAGUUUAUUUGUUCGAUGUGGUGUCCAAGUUGUACUUGGCAUCCGAUCGACAGCCAGUAGAUCUCCAGUGGUAUGAGCUUUGUGCAGACAUGGUCGACUUGGUCAUCGACAUUGCCUGCAUCUAUGGCAAUGGCCUGGAGGAAAACAAAGAUGCAGCUUGUGAGUUCUACUUGCAGAAUGGCUUCGUGCUGAUCCUCAAAGAGGUAGGCCAUUGCUUGGCAAUUGUCUGUGUUUUCAAAAGUGUGCUCCUCAGUGAACAGCUUUGA